GAAACAUGGAUAACGAGCAACCACAUCAAGAGCUUGUCAAAUGCGUACUUGUUGGAGACACGGCCGUGGGAAAAACGCGUCUAAUUUGUGCACGCGCUUGCAACAAACACGUAUCACUUUCGCAACUCUUGUCGACACACGUUCCCACGGUAUGGGCUAUAGAUCAGUACCGCAUUUACAAAGACGUCCUGGAGAGGUCGUGGGAGGUAGUAGACGGUGUUAACGUUUCUUUGCGUCUUUGGGACACAUUUGGAGAUCAUGACAAAGAUAGGCGAUUUGCUUAUGGCCGUUCGGAUGUUGUGCUGCUUUGUUUUUCCGUAGCUAGUCCAAUUUCACUGCGCAAUUGUAAAGCUAUGUGGUAUCCAGAAAUCCGGCGAUUUUGUCCAGAUGUUCCGGUAAUAUUGGUAGGCUGUAAAAAUGAUUUGCGGUAUAUGUACCGCGAUGAGACAUAUUUGUCGUAUUUCGGGGAGAGGAGCACCUUUGUAAGAGCUGCACUAAAAAGUGAUUUAGUUAUGCCUGACGAAGCUCGCGCUGUUGCAAGGGAAUUGGGUGUAUCAUAUUACGAAACCAGUGUCUUUACAUAUUUCGGAGUAAAUGAAGUCUUCGAAAAUGCAAUUAGAUCGGCAUUGAUUGCUCGACGCCAGCAAAGGUUCUGGAUGACAAAUUUGAAAAAGGUUCAAAAGCCGUUACUACAGGCUCCGUUUAGACCGCCCAAGCCGCCGCCACCGGAAGUGACUGUAGUAGUCGGAAAUUAUCAACAGGAUAUGUACAAUAUGUUUUUAGCGCAGACAUAUACUGAUCUCAUUCUCAUAGUGGGUACCACGAAAUUUCCCGUGCACAAGUUUAUGGUAGCUGCCGCUUCCAGUCUUUUCAAUCGAUUGCUUAGUAUUGACAUUUCCGAUAUGGGUGGUCGAAGUAGCAGUGAAUCAAGUAUGGUUAGUUCAACAUUCGGCGAAGCAACAACUGCGGAUUUUAAUGACGACACCGAGUGUUUAAUACGAAAUGAAUCGCGCGCACAAAGAAUGUGGGAGCAAAUAAAACGUCGGUCCAGUUAUCAGGCACUGCCUCUAAUUGAAGCCAAACGCCCCACUGAGCUUUACAAGGAUUUGCAUCACCCUGUUUUCCAAAACAUUCGAGUCGUUCAAAUAGAUAAUAACAAUGGAAUUCAAAUUAACCAGACAAUUCUAACGCUUACAAAAUUGAUAACUCCGCAGGCGUUACACCAGUGUCUAAAGUUUAUAUACACUGGCACAAUAGAUUUAUACAAUGUGCAGGAUAUAAAACAGGCAGCUGAACUGUUGGAGUUGUCACAAUUAACCAAUUUGCUGUCGAAGUCUCAAAAUUCCCUGACGGCCCAAGAACCAAACUCACAAGUGUGUCUGGCCUUAAAGGAGAACAUGGAAAAACAUAGCUCUGGCGAUGGGCUUUUUACGGAUAUCACAUUUGAGUUGGACGAAGGUCAAAUGAAAGCACACCGUGCUGUCCUAGUGGCGCGUUGCGACGUAAUGAGGGCAAUGUUAGCUGGAGAUUUUCGUGAAGCCCACUCUAGUGUGAUUAUUUUCCCCGGCGUAACAGUGUACACAUUCCAUAAAUUACUUUGCUAUUUAUAUACCGACGAAAUACCGCAUAUAUCUGCCGUUAAAUGUCUAAAUCUGUUGGAAUUGGCCAACCGAUUGUGCCUGCCCCGUUUAUUAAAUUUAGUUGAGUGUCGUGUAAUCGAAGACCUAACGAUGAUUUCCCAAAAUGAAACAAAUCAGACAGUGGAUCACUGCUUGAAACUGUUGGAACCUGUAAAGCUCCAUAAUGCACACCAGCUUGCCGAGUGGUGUAUGUCAUAUUUGUGUGUAAAUUACAAUAUCAUAUGCAAGUAUUCUAUCAAAGGCCUGCGAGCUUUACACCAAGAGAAUCAAGAAUAUUUGCGUGAACAUCGCUGGCCUCCAGUGUGGUAUUUAAAAGACUAUGACUACUACCAACGUUGUAUAAACGAAAUGAACAAGGAAAUGAAAAAUUCUCGACGAGAUUCUCGCAGUGACGAUGAAGGAUGUCUUUGCUUUACUGGUGUAAUUUCUUGGAUGCUAGGAAAACCAAAACCUCAAAGAAUGUCGUCCGGAAAUGGAAGUGAAAAUGCGAACGAAACACAGAUAUUGAACAGCUCUGGAAUUUCAAUGAAUCACAUUGAUUUGGAAGCCGACAUGGACUUGAAUCUCUGACAUCCAGCUUUGGGGCAUAGACGAUCGCUGCGUUUCAUCGUUAUUCUGCCCGUGUUGAUAUGUUUCAUCUGUACCAUCUUGAGUAUUUUAAUACUCUUUCAAAUUUACACGUAGCGCUGGAAAUGGACGUUC